AUGCGACCUCGGCCGGCGAUGCUGCGCCUGUGGUCGCGCCGUUUGGCGGCAGACCGGCCACCACACGCCGGCCGGCGAACCUUUUCCUUCACACAACACACAGCGCUCGUUAGCAGCGGCAGCGGCAGCGGCAGCGGCGGCGGUCACAGCUGGAGUACCAGUCCACGGACCCGACCACAGCUGCCGUUCCUUGUCGUGCCGUCCACAAGAGGCCCUGCCUCCCGGUCGCCCCGGUACUUUACGACCCAGCGACGGCAGUGGCUGCGCUACGAGGCCCUCGCCUUUGUCAAGUACACCUUGUACUUCUGGGCGGCCGUCGGCUGCGUUGUUCUCGUCCAGUUUGUUGUCCAGCAAGAGUGGAUGGAGCGCGCGUAUCCGACGCCGCACGAGUGGACAUUCAUGUCGCGGAUGCGGCUGCGCGGUGCACUUGGCGAGCGAGGGGACGACGGCAGUGCCGAGGAGCAGGCGGCGUCCAGCAGCGGCGAUCUGGACACGACUUCGGCAACCCACGUCGUGGACCACGUCAAAGUGAUGCAGAUCCUGCUGGACCUCAUCAGGCGCUUGGAGGACCCGAAGAUCGACGGAGGUGCAGGGCUGGCAGCGGUUGAGGUGCCGAGCAAGGCGGAUCUGGCAGAUCUGGCCGCGCUGACGGGCGUCGCCGUCGCCGACGCCCCCGAGGCACCGAAUGCCAACACCUCCAUCGGCGACGCCCUGGACAUCCGCGCCAAGAGCGAGCCCUGGCGCCGCGGCUACUACCAGGCGCUGCUGGCCGCCGCAGCCACAUCCGAGCACGUCGACGGCUGGAUGAUCGACCGCACGCGCAAUCUCGUGUGCCCGCCCGACAUUGUCAUUGGGCCCUCGAACCCGCACCCAAAGCCAAUGCCGCCCGGAUCCUCGGGCGCGCCCCGCGAAGAGAACUGCGAGGUCAUCUUCCCUGCCGCUGCCGAGAUUUACCUCAAGCUGCUCAACACGCGCGGCCUGACCGCCCGGCAGCAGAUUAUGGCCGCGCUGGCGUUUGCCAACUACCUCGAAUACAAGCAGGACAAGGAUGCUGCAGCCUACGUCUACGGCCGCGCGGUGUUGGCUGCACGUGCGCCCGAUAGCGACGGGGACGACGAGGACGACGGAAACAACAGCCAGUCCUUCUUUGACCGCAAUGCCGGCGUGGACGCGCCGGCGUGGAUCACGGCAUGGGCGGCACAGAACCACGCGGCAAACACACUGCACAGCAAAAACACACCCGCCCUCUCCCGCAACCUCCUGUCGACCCUGACGGCCUACGCCACGUUCCAGGCUCGCUCGGGCAACGUGGCCGAUGCUCUGCCCCUCUUCGUAUCGCUGCUGCAGGCCCGACGCUCUCUGCCUCCGUCGUCGUCGACUGCUGCUGCGGCUGCGGCCGAGGCUGCAUCCAGAGCGAAGCCGAACAGCAUUGGCAAGCAGAUCAUUGCCCUGCUGUCCCCGCCGAGCUAUCCGCCACCGCCCGACGAUGGCUUCGGUCCGCCGAUCCCCGGUGCGCGCUCCACAUGUGAAGAGGCCGCUCUGCGCCUGCACAUUGGCGAGAUUAUUUACGCUUCAGCUCAAACGCCCGGCAACGCCGCCACCUCUGCAUCAUCAUCUUCCUCCUCCUGGAACCCCUUCUCGUCUUCGUCGCAUCACCAGCAGGCCCGCGAAGAAGGCAUCGCCUGGACACGCGAGGCCGUCGACAUGGCCGAGGAGCAGCUGCAUGCCCUCGCCCAGAGCGGCCGCCAGGCCCAGAAGCAGCAGCAGCAAAAACGCGAGAACGGCCAGGGCGGCGGGCUGUCCAAUGCGCUGGGGCAGGCCAUUGCACAGGCCACGGCGUCCGACAACAAGACGGCCCAUGCCGACGGCAGUGCCACCUGCCGCCAGUGUCUCGUGGCCGGCCUGGACAACUGGGCGGCCAUGGUGGCGCAGCUGGCGCGGGACGAGCAGCAGCGGCGGGCCAGCAAGCCAGCGGCUGUGGGCGUUGACGCAGCGAGCAGCGGCUCCUCUUGGUGGCCGAGCUGGCUGGGCUUGUGGGGCGACAGCAGCAGUGGCAGCGCCAGCAGCGACAGCGUAUCUACCGUUGCCGUACCCAGUGGCGCCCCGGGCCAAGAAGGCGCAGAGAAGCUGGGCCGCUGGGCUGCCGAGGCACGCGUGAUUCGUGACCGGCGGCGGCGGGCACGCGAGCUCAUUGACAACUCGACGCCGCCAUCACAGGGCCUCAUGGGUAUGUUGACGGCAUAG